CUCGAUUAUCGUGCAUGCGCCGUCGCAGAAACGCAACAACUCACCACGAGACAGGAUGUAUCGCGUUGAACUUCUUCCCGGGUCGACAACCCACGUCACUCCGGGUUGGACCUACGUCCCGGAUCGAGGCUUCGACCCCGCCAAAGCAGCCAUCACGCCCACCAUCGGUCGCAAACGCGGCAUCCGGGACCCAGGCCGGACGGAUCUAUCUUCCCGACAGACCAACGCGAUCAUCCGACAUCUGGCCGAGCUCGACCGCGAGAACCAUCGCGAUGUACAGAUUCAGGUGCCCGUGAGACAGAAAGAGCCUGCUGCUCCACGAGGAACCCGCACGAAAGUAACCUCCAACGUCCGCCGCAUCCUCCAAUCCCAAAAGACCUUCCGCAACUACCUCGACGACGAAGAAGCCGCCCAAGCCAGCACGCCAGGAACCACCACGACCGCAACAAACCCCGCCUCCGCAGCAGCAGUGGGCGCCGGCAGUAGUACUGCCACAGGACAUAGAGGCUCAAUCCACCGAAUCACCAAAUCCAGCACAGCAGCAACGACCCCCUCCUCCCUCCGCCGCAGCUCCACCCCGGUCUCCUCACGAGGAGGCGACCACCACCACCACCGCACCAAGAAACAACCCUCCAUCCCCCCUUCACAACCACAACUCCAACCCCCAUCCUCCCGCGCCUCAACCCUCCCAGCAACAACCCCCGUCCCCAUCCCCGAAACCACCACCACCACCACCACCACCGGCGGUUCCCCGGCUCCCACAACCGACACCCCCACGAAAACAGAAGAACCAGAACCAAACACAACAACCCUCAUCCGCUCCGAACACGACACCAACCCGCUCCUCCGCUCGUACCUCCCCGCGCCGCCCUCCGAGCGCAUCAUGCAGGCCCUACUGGCCGAGCCGCCGCUGACGUACCACGCGGCCCGCGCAGGCGCGCCGCUCGCGCCCCGCCGCUCUCCCCGGCAUUUCUGCUGCAUGUGCGGCUACUGGGGCAAGAUCCGGUGCAAGAACUGCCAUGCCCGGACGUGCGGGCUGGCGUGUUAUAAGGUGCAUGAGGAUUCGCGGUGUGGGGCUUUCUUUUGAUUUCUUUGCGGGGGUUACCCCACCUCAUGGAAGGUGUCAAGAUGUAGGAAGUGGGAAGGGGUGCGCAGGCGGAGGGUGCAUUAUGGUGUAUGGGGGCGUUUCUCUUUUUAGACUAGUC